CGAGAAGUUUUCCAGUGCAGCUCUCAGACUAAUCAGGACCGGGAGCUUGGACCACCUGCCGUGUCCGCCGCCCGCUGCACACAAAUCUCUGGCUUCAUUCCGUCCGCUCUUCACUUUUCAUCCAACCCAGCCAAGCAGGCCGACAACACCGGCACUUCAUCUGGGCCGCAAGAUAUGCGGUGCUUAUAAUCGCAUCAGAGACAGAUGCUACCCAUUGGCCCUGGUCGGCCCCCCUGGGGUCUUCUGGGAAGAGUACCAGUACGAUAUAGGUUAUUCGACUUUUUACGUACUUCGACUCUAUCAUGUAACAGUUCUAACUAUGCCGUACAAAAUCCCACUACCCAACACUCAUUACACAGAACUCGCCGAUGCAGUAGUACAAAAUCAACACCUCAGCCGGGCUUCACCAGUCGCCUACAUGAAGUUUUGACUGCAGUACCGGAACCGUAUCCACGUCUAGAAGACAAUCCAAGCAAGAUUAGCAUCGCUGAAUUCCGCGCGCGUUACAACCACCUUGAGUCGGAUCAAAUAGUAAAGGAGGACACUGUUGCGGUUCAGGGCAGAAUACGAUCUUAUAGGCUUGCUGGCAGCAAAUUGAUUUUCUUUGAUAUCACCCAAAAUGGCUACAAGAUACAGGCUAUGUGCAACCUACGGCAGCUGACCGAAAUAACUCCCGAGAAGUUUAAACAACUAUACCGUCUCCUUCGCCGUGGAGACGCUUUUUCUGUGACGGGCCAUCCCCAUCGAACCGGACGAGGCGAACUCACAUUACAGGUCACAGAACUACCCAAACUGCUGUCUCCCACUCUACAUGAUGUCCCUGUUGACACCAAAGAGCAUGGCGCGUCUGCGUAUCCCCGACAUGUUCAACUCCUCGCCGAUAAGCGGACAUCGGACAUAAUGCGACUACGAUCGACUAUCAUACAAAACAUACGCCAAUUCUUCAUCGAUCGUUCCUUCAUGGAAGUCAACACUCCUGUCAUUGCAGGUGAAGCUGGGGGUGCAACGGCGCGACCGUUUGUUACGACAGCUAACGAGUUCCCGGACAAACAACUCUCCUUGAGGAUAGCGCCAGAGCUAUGGCUGAAAAGACUUGUCGUUGGUGGGUUUGAUAAAGUGUUUGAGAUUGGCCCAUCUUUCCGCAAUGAAGGAAUCGAUAAAUCUCAUAACCCUGAAUUUAUGACUUGCGAGUUCUAUCAGACUUAUGCCAAUCUUGAAGACGUAAUGUCAUUAACCGAGAGUAUCAUGUCCGGUCUCGCUUCGCACGUCCGUCAAUACAAAGAACGCAUAGAAUCUGAUAUUCCCAAUCCAACCAUCGAUUUCUCGGCACCUUUUCGUCGAAUAGACUUUAUCCCGGGAAUUGAGGUUGCAAUUGGUCGAAGCCUACCUAAUCUCGCCGCGGAUACCGCAGAGGAGGAUGUGAAGCGGCUAUUUGAAGAGCUCUCAAUUCCUUUGCCAGCUCUCCCUACCCUUCCGCGGCUUAUGGACAAGCUUUGCGCUACUUAUCUAGAGCCACAGUGCCAUAACCCUACUUUUGUCAUCAAUCCACCCGAAUGCCUUUCUCCUCUAUCAAAAUCCUUCGUACAUCCUUCUUGCGCUCAAACGGUUGCUGCUCGGUGUGAACUCUUCAUUGAAGGGAGGGAAUAUGUCAACGCAUACGAGGAGGAAAACUCUCCAUGGGAGCAACGGCGCAAAUUUCAAGAUCAAGUUGUUUUCAACGCGCAAACGAAUGAAUGGGGCGAAGUUGACGAAAGCUACUUACAAGCAUUGGAAUGGGGUCUUCCGCCUACGGGAGGAUGGGGUUGUGGCAUAGAUAGGCUUGUCAUGCUUUUCACUGACUCUCAGAGGAUUGAGGAUGUACUUCCCUUUGGGACUCUGAGGUCUGUCUCUAGACGACUCGAUGUUCCUGAUGAGAAGAAUGUUUGAAUAUUGUACCAAUACUCGCUGAUGGAUGAUUAAUUUAUGUAUUAGUAUUGCAGUUAGCGUGCGAGGCGUACAAGACAAAUCACGACUUGGACAUAUUUAAAUUAUACAAUCCAUUUAAUUCGCAUUUUAGAAUUAAGAAGUUCA